UGGGUCAUGAUUGCCCUUUUUAAGGGACAUGUUGCUAUUCUGAUGUGGUUCUGCAGCAGAUGUGGGACAGAUCUCACAUAGGCACUGGGCAAGUAGGCCUACAUGAUGAUAACAUAGAUGAUUCCAAAAUGUGGGCAUUAAGAGGGUUCUUUUAAAUGUUUUCUAUUUAGCUAUGAAGCACAGUACGUGUUAAUUAAAUCAUGCACAAUGUCAUAUGAUUUCACAGGGUAAGAAUGAUCAACUAGCAUACUUUUCACUGGAAAUGGCCAGAUGUGGGUUUCAAAUCAGAUGGAUAACGGGAGACUGUGUGUAAGUGGGCCAAUUCUCUAGAUGGCGGUAUAGAAAAAUCCUCAUUUGUCCUCAGCGAAUGAAAACGAAGAAGGUCAGGAAUUUCCUGUUACCAGAUAUCUCCUCAUCAUCAGAAAUCUGUAACGGUUUUCAAUGGAAAUGGCCUUGACAGUGCGUUGAAAUUGCAUGGCAAAGGAACUCUCGGAUGGCAUCGAAUUUGAUGCUCCGAAGAAGAGUCACGACUGGUAGAAUAUCUGCAGGACGGCCUUGACUGUAUGGGUUAUUGACAUGCCAUAGCUUGUCAGUAAUUUGGAUGAGCGCUAACGUUAGCAAACAUUAGCUUAUCAAGCUGUGAUUUAGGCUACUUCAUGUAGGAUAGCUAGCCAGCCAGCUAACCUGUGACAUUUUUUGAUGUGGAUAACCACUGCAUGGAUCUGACCGUUUGCAGUAGUAACGUAAGUCAUAUGUAAGGUCAGAUGACUUUAUUCAUUAUUAUGGUCAACCCAUUCCUGCUUUAUUAUAACGUGGCAUAAUUCGCCAGUCGUCUAACCAGCUCACAUAUCAAAUAGCCAACGUUGCAGUAAAUGGGUGUACAUAGUCCGUUGGUAGUCCUAGGUUACAUUAACGUCCAGCGCUAGCUAAUAAAUAUAGCUAACGGUAGUGUUGUCUGGUGGAUUUACAUCGUUUUGGCAGUUUAUCACAAGCUAAUUUACACUUACUACCAGUGUUCUAGCUAUCUUGCUGAUUUUGAGAGAGCAAUACAUGCAGCGCUGAUUUAAAAACGCUACAUAACGGAUUAUGUGCAGCAGCGUUGUCCUAGUGAGUGGUGGUUUGUGUUAAGGAACCUGAGCGCAACCUACUAGCUAGCUAUCAGCAAGUACUAGUGGCUCAUUAAGAUGUUUAUUUUGAUAUCCUUGUAGCUGAUUAGCUACCAGUCUGUGGCUUGCUUAGUUGCUUUUUACAUAGUUUACCAGGGUAUUCUAUUCACUAUUAGCUUGUAAUGGUACAGCUAUUCAUCACUCCGCACAAUAUUUAUCCAGCUGUUCUAAAAUAGAAAUGCAAAACCAGUGAGCAUUGGGUUUAGCGCAGGGAAGCUACAUACCACUGAAUUUAAUAUCUAACGUUAGUCAACACACAGAAAUUGACGGGCUGUCAAUGUUGUCAUAUUUGCCAAUAAUCUAGCUAGCUGCAUGUUAAUGUGGUUUGGCUGUUUUCUUGGAUUUGAGACCGUGCUUAACUGAUAAUUAUUUAGCAACUAAACUGGCACCCUAUGGGAGAGUACAACCAGUAAUAUUGCUCUUGUUUUAACGCUAACUGAAAUCUGCAGGUUAGCAGUAGCUUAUAGCAAGUCAGCUAGCUAGCAUAAGUAAACGUUUCUUGAAUCAGUCAACUGUCCAGAUUGGGGCUCAUAUCUUAUUAAAUCAAAGCCAUUCUGGUGGCCUGUUAAACGAAGCUUUGCGAAAAAACUUGCUAAGCACAAAUAAUCAUGAAGAAGUUCUUUGAGGGUCGUCGAGAGCUGGUCAGUUCUGGGCCCGGUUCGGGAGGGGGUGGUGGCGGAUCAAGCAGCGCUGGUGGCAACUUCAUCGGACGCGUGUUUACCAUCGGACGUCAUCAAGUCACCGUUGACGAAACUCUAGCUGAAGGGGGUUUUGCCAUCGUCUUCUUGGUGCGGACACACCAGGGGGUCCGCGUCGCUCUGAAGAGGAUGUAUGUCAACAACGAGCACGAUCUCCAGGUCUGCAAGCGCGAGAUCCAGAUCAUGAAGGACCUAGUGGGCCACAAGAACAUCGUGGGCUACCUGGACUCCAGCAUCACAGCAGUGGGAGGGGGAGAUGUGUGGGAGGUCCUUAUCCUCAUGGACUACUGUCGAGGGGGUCAAGUGGUGAACCUGAUGAACCAGCGUCUGCAGACUGGCUUCAGUGAACAGGAGGCGCUACAGAUCUUCUGUGACACGUGUGAGGCUGUGGCUUGCCUGCAUCAGUGCAAAAAUCCCAUCAUCCAUCGCGACCUAAAGGUGGAGAAUAUCCUGCUGCAUGACCGAGGUCACUAUGUGCUCUGUGACUUUGGCAGUGCCACCAAUAAGUUCCAGAACCCGCAGGCAGAGGGGGUCACCGUGGUGGAGGAUGAAAUCAAAAAGUAUACCACUCUAUCCUACCGUGCACCAGAGAUGGUCAACCUGUAUAAUAGCAAGAUCAUCACCACUAAAGCUGACAUCUGGGCAAUGGGUUGUUUGCUGUACAAGCUGUGCUACUUUACUCUGCCGUUUGGUGAGAGCCAGGUGGCCAUCUGUGACGGCAACUUCACCAUCCCUGACAACUCCCGCUACUCGCAGGCCAUGCACUGCCUCAUCCGCUAUAUGCUGGAGCCGGAUCCUGACCAGCGCCCAGACAUCUAUCAGGUGUCUUACCAUGCUUUCAAACUGGCACGCCGGGACUGUCCUGUUCAGAACAUCAAGAACUCUCCCAUCCCUUCUAAACUCCCGGAGCCAAUUCGUGCCAGUGAGGCGGCCGCGAGGAAGAGCCAGAGCCAGAGCCAGAGCAAGACCAGGUUGACAGACCCCAUUCCCACCACUGAGACCUCCAUCACCCCCCGCCAACGUCCAAAAGCAGUGCAGUCCCAGGCCCAACCAAUAGGGGGCAUCCUGCCCAUCCAGCCUGCCGCGCUCACCCCACGCAAGAGAGCCAACCUGCCCGCGGGCACUGCCCAGCCCAUUGCUCUGAAUCUCGCCCAGCCAGCUGCAGCCCUGCAGUCACAGAAAGCCCUGCCCUCUCAGCCUGCUGUCCCUGAGCCCAAACAGUCAGCUGCAGCAGCGCCACAGGCCCCUCCCACUGCUGCUGCAAGUCCCACCCCUCAGAAAGCGGCGGUUCAACCACCAUCCAGCCCUGCCCCACCGACAGCCCCGGCUCGCAGCGCUCGGCGUAAACAACAGCAGGCUCCUCCUCCUUCCCAGCCUGCCGCUACUUACCAGCCAAUAGCAUCAGCUCCAGCCAUUGCGGGACAGCAGCAGUCUGCAGUUUCCCAGGCCCCACCCCCUACCCAGCAGACAGCCAAUCCUCAAGCAGUGGCACAAGCUCUGGCCAAUCAGGAAGAUCCUGAGGAGACGGCUGCACUAGGCCAGUCCCAGACCCCCCCAUCGUCUCCGUGCUCUGGCCAGCGGGGGGGCCACAGACGUAUCGUUAGCGACGUGACCCACAGUGCCGUGUUCGGCGUGCCGGCCAGCCAGUCCACUCAGCAGCUUCAGGCAGCCGCCGCCGAGGCCAGCCUCAACAAGUCCAAGUCAGCGAGUGCCACUCCGUCCAACUCCCCCCAGUCGUCUCAGCAGAGUGUGUACCAGCCUGCCCAGGCCAGCGGAACCCCCCCAACUACCCCCACACCCGCUGUUGCCCCCGCCUUGGCCCCCCCAUCUGUCCCUGGACAGGUCUCCUCAACUGACCAACCCGCCUGGAACCCGUUUGGAGACGACAACUUCUCCAAACUCACCGCUGAGGAGCUGCUCAACAAGGACUUUGGCAAGCUGGCAGAUGAAAAGCUUGCUGAUGCUUCGAGUGACAGCUCCAGUGAGGAUCUGAUCCCAGGCCUGUCCAAUCUCCACACUGCAGAGAGUGGCUCUCAGCCUUCUGCGGAGAGACCUGUUGAUAUCCUGGGUCUGGAGGUCUCUUCUUCUCUCCUGAGCGUCCCUUUCAGCGCCCCAGAGAAGCUUAUCGAGGGGUUGAAGUCCCCGGACACAUCCCUGCUGCUCCCGGACCUGCUGUCCCUGAACGACCCCUUCGGCAGCUCGAUGGAGCCCCCUGCAGAUGCAGGUGACCCAGAGGUGUGUGAUUCUCUCAUCCCAGGUCUGGUGCCUCAGGCCCAGGGGCAGGCUGCUCAGAUGGACACAGACCUAGAUCUGAUUGGUGAGAGCUCUCUGCUGUGCGGGGCCCUUCUGGCUGACCCCGCCUCCUGUCUUGACCAGUUUGCCCCUGUCUCUGGAGGGUCUUCUCAACCCUUACCAGACUCGUCUUGCCUUCUCUCCGGCCUUGAGCCGCCCCUGAGCGCAGAGAAAGGCACAGAGGACGAGUUUGACCCCAUCCCCGUGAUGGUCUCCAAAAACUCCUCCCAAGACGGUCACUCCCGCAGUAACAGUGGCAGCUCUGAGUCCAGUCUGCCCAGCCUGGCUCGCUCCCUGCUGCUGGUGGACCAGCUCAUCGACCUGUAGCUGUAGAGCAGCGCACGCUUCUGCUAGCUCCUCCGCUAGCCUCCAGCGCUGAAGAGGAUGUCUGCUUUCUUAGUCGCUCCGCUUCGGCCACCUCCUCCAGUCUGUCCUGCUCUGACCCAGCCCGGCCCCGACCAGUCGCGGGUUCCACCCCAGCUGCCCCUCCUCAACCCCCCCGCCACCCCACCCCAUCCUCCUCUUUUCCCCCUCAGUGUGUUUCUCUUGCUCAUCUCUGUGUCCAUCUGCUUGUCGCUCUGUUGUUGUUUAUCUGGACCUCUUCUUCAGUUUCUCUCCCUCAUGGCUUCUGCUACCAUGUUCUGUGUUCACUGUUUUGGUUUGCUUCUUUGUUAUCGUUGGUCAGCCUUCAAAACUCUUGAGUUCCUUGUGAAAUGCUUCAUGAUUUUUCUUUUCUUUUUGUCCUUCUCGUGUCUCAUUCUCGUGUCUAACUGCACUUUAAUUGUGACGAUGUGACUCCUGAAGUGGCUAGUCACCGCCUGCGUUCUUUUUCCCAUAUCACCUGGGAGUUUGAAGACCUGCACCCUCAGUGUAGGCUCUGUCCAGCAGUGCAGCUCUGUUUGAAUGGCAUCCUGUAGGUACUUAGGCAUUCUCUGGAUGAUUGCAUGGUUCGCUCACUCGUUCACCACCAUAUGACAUGGACCCUUUUGGAUUAGCAGGAGAAAAUCAUUUGCAGAACUGUGGCAUAAUGGUGGUAAUGACUCAGAUCAAUCUAAUGGCAUAUUUUAAUUGAUGGGUGUCGCCAGCACUGACCCUGAUAGUUUCUAGUCUUUAAUACUUAAACCGAGGUACAUUUCUUGUACUUAUUGGCUGUUAUCCACAUUUGCCUAAAGUGUGUGAGGCGAGCUUUAUUCCAUGAGAAUAAUAAUAAUCGGUAUUCCGUAUUGAGAAGAGGUACUCUGUUAAAUGAAAAGGAUCGGAAGGCCAAGUCUUCUCUAGGACUGUGCAGGCUGGCUGUGGGUGUUUUUGUGUAGAUGUUAUCUCCCUUCAGAAAAGAAAGGAAGCUUUCAAUGUCUCUCCUUUUACUCGUCCUUGAGGUGUCAAAACAAACCUGUCACCUAAAGUACUCAGCUAUUCACCUAUACAUUUGGUCAUUUAUCAGACGCUUCUAUCCAAAGCGACGUACAAGGCCAGAAGCUAUGUACGUUCUGGUAGAAUUGGACCUGUGGCAUUGGCUGAGCAUUCACAGGCAAGCUUGAGAUGUAACUGCAAAGACACCAAUACAUUCCCACAUUCAUCAUCUCUUUGAUUUUUGUGAUUGGUUGUCUAAUUGCAUGGCUGUCCAUUUACGUCUUCAUCAUCCUCUGUCCAUUCUUUGUCCUUCAGCCCCAAGCUGCUUUGGAUCCUGCUCCCUGUAAAUAGCCUCUGUGAUGUGGAUCGUUGAGAUGCUGUAAAUUGAUGUAUAUCUGCAAUUCCUGAUGCUGGUCCUAAGAAGCAGUUGUAUGUUCUCUUGUGUACAGAGCCGCUAUUGACAUGCCCUUUCUUCCCCGUCCCUCCAUAGUAUACAAGAGAUUAUUUAAAAGUAUAUUUCAUAUAUGUUUAAGAUUAUAUGUGGAUGUAAGUGGAGUGGUAGAGACUGAAUGUAUGAAAUGAGUAUCAGUAAAAAAAUGCUAAUAUAUGUAUAUCAUUCUAUAAUAGCUGUUCAGAGAAAUUCUUUAUCUUCUGUGUUCUGUGUGUGAAGAUGUUGAGAAUGUGAAGUAUCUUCCUCUCUCUCUUUCUCUCUUGUUUAACUCUCCAAAUGCCAUUGCUUUGCUGGCCAAGACCCAAAAAAAAAGACAAUCCAUGUUUUUGGUCUCCAGUGGCUCCCUGUCUUUCAUUGAUUUGGGGGCUGGUCAGCCGUGUUGGCCAGAGAAGGUUUUGUGUCAGUGGGUGAGCGCUAUGUACAGGCUGUCUGCGUACUCACUGCAGGCUACAGAUGCUAGCACACAGAUGCUAGCCGAGACUUUCACGAAGCUUUGCCGCUGUCCUGCUCAACCCCUCUGAGUCCAGCACACGCAUAUCAGAGCAUGAGCGUGUGUGCUUUUUCAGAGAAGUUUAAGUCACGAUGCAUUUGUGUCCAGUGUUAUGAUGAUUACUGUGUGAGUGUGUGUAUGUAUGUAUGUAUGUAUGUAUGUAUGUAUGUAUGUGUGUGCGCAUGCAUGCGUGCGUGUGCGCAAGUCUGUAAGCUUGUCUGAGCGUGUCUGGAUGUUAAGGAUAUGUACUGUAGUCCAAGUGGUGAGGUUAUAUCUGUAUUACUGGUGGCUGUGGCGGCAGCUGCUCCUCUGAGACUAAAAUAACUGAGCUUACUAUGGGCACCUCGACAGGCACCUUCCUGGGCACCUCUACCGUCGGAAAGCACAGGCCCUCCUCUCUCUGGCAGAGUGCCCUUCUCAUCAGGUCUCCAAACAGAUCAGCAAUGAUCUCAGUGACCCCCAUAUAUGACCUUUGCAUCGCAGUGGCCAACACCUACCAUUUUCCUUUACCCUUGUUAUCUCAAUGGUGAAACCUGCGUAGUCGCAAUUCAUCUGAUUGAAAGUGGCUUUCCUGGCUGUAAGGUGAAAGACCACCUUUCAUGUUCCUAGCACUAUCCUACAUAGCACACAUGUGUGUCUGUAUGUGAAUGUCUUCUAUAUUCAGUUGUGUUUCUCCAUCUUAAAGUGUCUGCCACCGUAGAGCCAUUCACUACACUUCACUAUGUCUGAUGUGCAUUUCAAAUCAGACGACUGUUUUUCUUUGAUCCUUUGCACCGCCAGUUUCCUCUUAAAAUCUCGUUCAAUUCCGCAUUCAGUGACUGCUGACACCAUCAGUGCUCCGUCACCGAGCGCAUGUCCUGCGUGUGACUGUUCACCUGUUGAUUUAUUUUUGGCCAACCUAUGCAAUCCCCGUGUCACCACCCUGCCACCCCCCGAUCCAAGAGAGCCAUUGUCUCCUGCAGAGGUCCUGCCUUUUGCCCGAUUCAGUUAACCGUGUAUUGUGAAAAAUCAAAGACCCUUUUCUGGUGUGCUCAGUUGUUUUAUUUUGAUAGAAAGAUAGAGAAGUUUAUUUAUGACCAUGGCCACCCAAUGAUGCAAACCUACCAAUGGUCUCUGUAGCAAGUCCCCAAAAAUGUUGUUAGAACAGUGAUCAUUCGAUGUGCACCCUCUAUUUUUGUGAAGAAAAAGGAGAGCCAAGAAAUGGGGUUGUUAAAUAAAAUAAGUGUCAUUGUG